AUGGGCAAGAAUCGAUCUGCUGAGGGCUCCAAGAAACGACGCCACACUCCCUCUGCCUCGCCUGCUGAGAAGAAGUCCAGAAAAUCCUCGAAGAAUGUUCGCCCUAAUGUUGUGGAGGUCUCUCAUGUUCCCGUCGCCGCAGAUCUGGACCCCAUCUCUACUCCCGUGGCUUCACCAUCACCGAGUCUCAAGACAAGUGAUGUGCCUGACCCUGUUGACACCGGCGUGGCUGAUCUUGACGGUGAUAGCCUCUCUGCAACCCUACAAGAUGAUCUGAUCUCAGAUCCAGAGGUUGCCCCCCCGCAACGCCCAUCUGUCUCCACUCCUCUCUCCGAGUCUGAAGUUCAUCAAUCCUCUUCUCCUGAGCCUAUUCCUGAGGAUGACCCUUUGCGUUCUGAAUCCUCUGAUUCAUCUGUGAGCUCUCAACUCUCUGCUGGUAACUGUUUCUCAACCCUCUUUUAUUCCGCUCUUGCUAAAGAAAACUGGGAUAGUAUGAGUAAGCGUGCGUGCUCUCCUGAGCGUGUUUUGUCUAGGGCUGUGUUACCUCUGUCUGGGAUUUUCCGUCUUCUUAAAUCUCAAGGGUUGCUUGGCACUAUUGUGAGUGCACAACCUUUCGAACGAUCUGUCAUUGUUGAGUUUUAUGCCAAUCUUUCUGAUCAUUUUUCUGUUGAGGGGUCUCGUGGGUAUCGGAAAGUGUAUGUGAGGGGUUCCUUCUAUUCUGUGACUCCUGCCUUGAUUAAUGAGUUUUAUAAAUGUCCAAACGAGGUUUCUCCCAAACCCUCUGUUUCAAAAUAUACUAUGGCCUUUGUUCUCACUGCCAAAGUGUUAAAAAAAUGGCCCGGUCCGAAGUUCUCUUUUAAUGUUUCUAAGCUGACUCAGCUGUAUUCGGUCCUGUUUAAGAUAGGCAUUUCCAACUGGUUUCCCACUACUCACAAUGCUACUCUCAAUCCCACCCAAGCUGAGUUUUUAUGGUGCAUCACUCAUGACCUUAAAAUCAAUAUUGGUGAAUUGAUUUUCAAUCAGAUUGGUGCGUUAGCCAAUUCCCGAACCGAGCGUGAGCAUCUGCCGUUUCCUUCUCUGAUCUAUCACCUUCUGAUCAAACAAGGCCUGCCCACUCGUGAUGCCACUCUGUUGGAUCCUCAUGGCCGUCCAAUCACUAUCCAUGGUAAGGUCCUUUCUGAACAUUUUGUUGAUCUGCCUCCUGUCGAUCCUUCUGUUGUUCAGACGGUCCCUCGUGCAAAGAAGGCUCCCAUUGUCUCUGCCUCUGUUCCACCGCCAGUUGAUGUGGUCACCAAGAAUGAGCUCACUCGUUUUUAG